UGCAGCCCCCCUUUGAUUUGAAGUCACCAGCCGCCACUGUUAAUAUAUUAAAAGAUCUUUUUUUAUACGUAAAAGUAGCAUAUUUUAAGCAUCCUAUGAGCUUCCUGGUUGAAAUUGUUAGUAAGCCAUGAGUAUGGUUCCACAUUUUGCCCAUUUGUUCCACAUUAAGAAGGCGAGUGUUCUUCAUUCUAGAGAUGGGAGGUUGAGUGCUAUGCUGACUGCCCUGGCAUAAAUGGCAAUACCUCAUAUCGUUACAGAUGUCAUGAUAGGUGAUCUGGUUAUGAAGUUUUCAAUAGUAAACUAUACAAUCAGCAGCAACUACAUUACAGUAAAAAUGUUUCGCUUCCAUAUUUCCUACAAAUUUAUUCGAUAGGCCUAUCCCCCCCCUUAUCGGGGUAUGUAUUGUGGUCUCUCCGCCUACAGAGGCAGAGUUUUUGUGUGGGAUAGGUCACCUCUGACUACAGUAUAAAACAGAUGCAACUGGAAGCUGCUUUAUUUUAUUUUGCUGUUUUCGUAACGCCUUCGUUUUGAGGAAGGGAAUUUUGCGCGAUGUCUGGUACUGUGAAGAACAUUAUUAUUUUUGGAGCCACUGGCAUGACAGGCUUGGCGACCUUACCCCAAGCAGUAAGUGCAGGAUACAAUGUAACUGUUUUGGUUCGGGAUCCAGCUCUACUUCCAGCAGAACCCAAAGUCACCAGAGUUGUCGUCGGAGAUGUGCUGAAUAAAGCUGAUGUCAUGCAAGCAGUUGAAGGUCAAGAUGCAGUGAUCAUAAUUCUGGGAACACGAAAUGACUUGAGUCCUACUACAGUAAUGUCUGAAGGUACGAAGAACAUAGUAGAAGCUAUGACAGCCUUUGGGAUUAAAAAAGUAAUUGCCUGCACAUCGGCUUUUCUUUUAUGGGAUCGUUCAAAGGUUCCUCCACGUCUUGUUCCUGUGACUGAAGACCAUGACAGGAUGUAUGAAGUCAUAAAGAAAUCUGGACUGGACUAUGUGAUGGUGAUGCCUCCUCAUAUUGCAGAUGACCAGCCACUAACAGGAGACUAUAAGGUAACUGUCAACUCAUUGGGAGGCAGAGUCAUCUCCAAACAUGACCUUGGGCAUUUCUUUCUCGCAUGCCUUAAUACGUCAGAAUACGAUCGGAAAGCUGUUAGUGUUUCCAGAAAUUAUACAUAAUCAUUGCAGUGAAUUACCUGGAAUUUGAUAAAUGGAAACAUUUUUAUACUAAAAAUGAGUUACUGCAUUAUGUGACAUUAAAUGCAAUUAGUCUUUGAAAAUAAAAGUAAUUACAAAAUG